AUGUCGUUCCUCCUUGUGAAAAGGUAUGCUUUCCGUCAUUGGUCCAACUUUGGGCUUAUUGACUUUAUAUCUACUGGAAUGGGAGUUUAUCUCCUGAAAUUCAAGGAUGAGGAAGGUAUGUUGAAAGUUCUGGAAGAGGAAUCAUGGAUGAUAGGUGGGCAGCCCCUUUUUGUUAGAAGAUGGGAAAAGAACCUCUCAAUGGUGGCGGAAAACAUAAAAAAGAUUGCGGUAUGGAUAAAAUUUUAUGGUGUUCCCCUGGAAUAUUGGAGCUUAAAGGGUUUUAGCCAUAUUGCAAGUGUCCUAGGCCGACCCCUCUAUGUCGAUUCUGUCACGGAGGAAGGUAGUAGAUUGGAGUAUGCCCGUAUUUGUGUGGAGAUCAAUGUAAACCAUGAUUUCCCGGAGAAGUUGGAGCUUGUGCUUCCAUCAAAAGAAAGAGUUGAAAUUCGGCUGGAGUAUGCAUGGAAACCUGUCAAAUGCAGCUUGUGUAAUAUAUUUGGCCAUGGAAAUGAAGAGUGUAAAAGGAGAAGUGAAAGAGGAGAAGCUGGAAGAGGAAAACAUGUUUCACAUAAAGGAAAAAAGGUGAAUAACAUGGAGGAGGCUUCGGAUACAAAAGUGGGGAUGGUUACUUCUGAAAUUCAGCAUACGGCUAGGAACAGCAAGGGGAAUGGGCGACUAAACUCAAUGUUCCCUAGUAAUGUGAAGGAGGGGAAGGAAACUCUUGUCAAUAGUAUGGGGAUUAUGAAUAAAAACAAGUUUGCUGCCUUAGCAAGCAAUGAAAACAUUGUGACUAAUGAAACUCAAACCGAAGGGGAGAAUACAUUGGUAGAUAAAACAUAUGAGGAGUUAGGCCCUUCAAAUAGAGUGGAAUCUGUUAGUGGUGCCUCUUCUAGCACUAUGACACCAAUUGUGGCCGAACCUUCAAAGGUGGAAAAGGUGGGGGGAAUUCUCUCUAAAGAGGGUAAUUCAGACCUGGAACAUUGUGAAUCUCCAGCAAUUAGUCACUUUGGAGGCAAAAUUAUGGUUGAUGAGGUGGAUUUCAUAAGGGAGAAAGGUGACACUCUUAGCAAAACUCAACGGAGGAGAUUAAUGAAGCAAAAGCGAAGUGCUUCCCCCAUCAAUUCCAUCAAAUGA